CGGUGCUCCGUAGUCUUUUCCUUCGUUCAUUGGUAGUACGUACGUAGCAACGUAAACAAGUCGCCAUACCGUGGACCUCCGUGACACCACGGACCUUGAUGACACAUGACUACGUAUACGCCCUUGAAUCAACGCCUGUAUCGCAUGAACUAGAACAUUAUGCAACUAUGGAACAAGCUGUUGCGAUGUCAUUUUCUUUUGGUCCGGAUAUGCUCUCGUGGUCUUUGAGAGGAAAGCAGAUUCUGGGUGGAGAGCCUACCUCUGUACCGACGGUGAAUGCAGGAGACACACGAUGAAAUGAUGGUUUUACCGAUGAACAGAAAAGUCACACGUUACAUAUUUUCAUGUCGUGAGUAGGUCCUGUAUUUCUGCUGGAACUGAAACGAUUCUCUCGUCACACCACGUCACAUGUACACAGUUCUGUAAACGUUGAAAUACUGACGGGAGAAUAAUCAACCCCUCGUCCCUUCACAAUGCAGACAUUCCAGGUUGUACAAUGAGGGAUUUUCCACGAGGGGCUGAAACGUCACUGCCUGUUAAAACACUGAUCCCAUGAGCCAAUGUAUGCAUGAAAGAAGAAAGAAAUGGCUGAGCAUGACGGGCAACAUCAGACUCCGACUGAAGGAAGCCAUUUCGAGGCCCUGUGGAAGCUGGCGGGUGAACUUGGAAAUAGCUGGAAACCUAUUGCUCGGUCCUUGGGCUACAGCGAGGCGAAGAUUGAGAAUCUGAUCCUGGAUUAUCCUACCAGUGCUCACGAGAGGGCGUACCAAAUGCUGCUGAGAUGGAAGAACACCACAGACCAGACUGCGUGCAACGAGCAACUGUGUAGGGCUGUUCAAAAGCAAGAAAGGCUCGAUCUGAUACCUUUGAUUGUAAACGUUACACGCUCUGGUCCAUCUCCCGGAGGUGUCAGUGGGAGUGCAGAACUCAAUAAGCAGUAUUUUAUCAAGAAACUGAAGAACUUUGUCCGUUUGAAGAUGAGCAAGCUUCCUCUUGUACCAUGGAUUACCACCGAAUGCAUUAAUGUUGACCAGGUUUUCGCCAAUGUCCAACUCCUCAUCAGCAUCAUGGAUGCGUAUUUCCCCAUUAAACUGCCCCUUCAGUCGUACAACGCUAUUUUCACAGACAUGAUUAGAGAGGACGAAGGUCUUAUCGAUUUCUGUGGCGCGCGUAUUCUCAUGCGGGGCCGGACUGGCAGUGGGAAAACAACUUUGUUGACCAAGUACGCCUACGACUGGGCCAUGGGCAAGCCUGAGGCGUUGCUACACAACUACGACGUCGUACUCUUUCUGCCCAUGCGCAAGCUGGAUCAACACAGCAAUCUUGGUCAGGCAGUGCGAGAUCACAUGCUUCCAAGUGAGCGUCGCAUCACCCCAGCUGCAGUUGAGCAGUACUGUGAAGACCACCCCGAAGAAGUGGUUAUCCUCCUGGAUGGAUACGAUGAGUUCAAGGGAAAAGGUCUUGACCAAGCAGAUUGUGGUAACAUUGUGAAGAUGCUCCGAGGUGAAUGGCUGACUGAAUGUCGUGUUGUUGUUACCACUCGGCCAGGGCGUGUGGAUGAUUUCAAGGACGACUAUGAGAGCUACCGUCACCUGGAGAUAACAGGUUUCACAGCCACAGACAUCGAUGACUAUGUCCACAAAGUUUUUAAGAAAGAGAACACACCGUUGGGGAAUAAGUUGCUGGCGUACCUCGAAGAAAAUCAUUUGAAAGAAGGCCUGGCAUGCAUUCCACUAAUGCUGACAGCCUUCUGUCAGCUGACCAAAUGGACAGAUGGACAGGAUUUCAAAUACUUGAAUACUAUCAGCAAAUUGUUCGACAGACUGAUCGAAUGCAUGUUUGACCAUGCAAAACUGAAAACCAGCAGAGACGUGGGCUUUUCAGGUCCAGACGAAUUAGUUCUUGAGCUGGGAAAGGUCGCCCUCAAAGGAUUUCUUGGCGGUGUCUCAGAGGAGUUGCACUUCUGUGAAGAGGACUUUACCUGUUGUUCCGACAAGAAAAAUGUCAUCGAGCAAGGCUUGCUAAUAGGUUUGCUUACAAGGGACGCAGAUUCGAGAAUUCGACCUCAGACGCUUGAAGAACUCCAGCUGGAAGGACGGACAGAGUCACACAGGGGAGACAUUUCCUUCAUCCUGAAGAGCAUUCAGGAAAAGUGCGCCGGGAAGUAUCUGGCACAUUUACUGGAGACUGGUGACGAAGACUCUUUCACAAACUACCUUCAAAAGGUUGACAACGAUCAGCGAGUCUUGGACUUCACUAACAUUUUGGUCUUCGCCUGUGCUGCAAGCAUGGAGGCUUCUGGCCGGAUUGUUUCGCACGUGAUAAACUUACUCAAAGAAACACAAGGCAAAAACAUCUCACUAUACUUGAGUGGGCAACUUAAUUUCAAGUUCUGCCAGAAAACACAACGUCUGCUCGAAACAUGUCUCCAGCUGAACUUCGAGAGUAAGAGUGAAGGUCAGUUCAACCAUCUGUUUAACUCCCUCUUUGGUGUAAGCGGUUGCGUUCGUUUGGUUGAGAUGUCGAGUUAUGUGGCUAAAGCUCUAGGGUACCUCUUUGCGCACGCCUUUCAGUGCAAGUUAUGUCGAGAGCCUGAAGACAGAUGUGUCUUAUCUGUGAGGAGUCUGCAGCUGAUCUGCAUCAAGCUAGAUUCCAGCACACAGUUCAGAGAAUUCCUCAACUGUUAUCCUGGAACGGAGGAGGCAAUCAGCGAGUUCAUGAGAAAGAGUGUGAGUCAGCGUGACCUAGUCAGUGUCCGGAAGAAAUUAGAAACAAGUGAACGGAAAAUACCAAGUUAUCUUGACAGUCGCGACGACCUGACGUUUUCGGCAGUGGCGCCCAUUUGGCAAGAAAUGAGCCAGCAGGAAAUGCAGGAUUUUAGCCUAGGCCUUGUCCUCUCUGGCUUAGAGGAGUCUUCAUUGGACGAGCUAGUCUUAAAUGGAGUGCGCGCAGACCGCAAAGACUGGGAUGUCCUGUUCAAGAUGAUACAAAAUGAUGUAUUUGCCCAGAUGACACGACUGACUCUGAGUUUGAAUGACCUCACAUGCGACCAAUCAGCUCAGCUGGCAACCGCCCUGACUGCCACACCAAAUCUGAAAUACUUGAAGAUGGCGGGAAACGAGCUGGGGGAAGGUUUCGUGAAAAACCUUCCUCCGAUGCUUAAUUUGGAAAAUAUCAUCUUGGACAAAUCAAAUAUGGCGUCCAAAGCAAUGGUAGAAUUCACGCAGAAGCUUGACGGGUACCCUUGCCUUCGGAAACUAGAUUUGCGACGGAAUGAGAACACCAACGAUCAGGUUAUUCAGUCCAUUUGUGACAAUAUGAGAAAAACUUGGAAAGAACUAAGACUUUCACUCUACGAGGUCAGCGAAGGUGGACUUCAGAACUUGCAGACAUCGAUUGGCGUGUCUGAUGGAUUGACGCACCUUGACCUUGUACAUUCUCCAAUCCCAGACAAAGUGAUUCAGUACUUUGCCUCGGCGCUAUCAAGCUUACCUCAGUUGGUUGAUCUGAGAAUAUCGGGAAUCCCAUCAUCCACCUCCCAAGAAGGCUCGCCAUGCACUGAGCAGACCGUGGAGGCAUUCACGACUGAAAUGCACAAGCUGCAACACCUGAAAUUCCUGAGCUUCCUCUACACGAAGAUGUUUCCAAAGGACUUCAUCAAGAUGCUUAACUGCUGUCAGAAACACACUUCUCUUAAGACGUUCAGGUUCUCUCGCCCUUAUUUGCCAUCGGGACCUGAUGUCGAGACAGAAUGCAAGGAAGCAGAAGCUAAAUUUCUACAAUUGUGGGUGUGACAGCUUCAAGGGAAUACCACAAAUGAUAGACAGAGCUUGUACUUGUCUACCACUAGUCACCCUUUUGUCCAUUCUGGUCAGUUUGAAGAAAUAUUGCAGAUCAUAGAAGGUACAAAGCAAUGCAUAUACAUCGCAUGCAACAGCUAGUCUUAAUUUGCAACUUGCUACCUACCACUGUUAUUAUUGUAGACAUACAAACCAAGCAGGACGAUACUGACAGAUACAGAUCGAGUUUGGUAAAAAAAAAAAAACCACACCAAAAUAGCCUGCUUUACAUUCUUUUGCAGAUUUUCAGCUUUUGAAAAAGAAGCGCACUAGUUACAAAGAAUACUAGUUAGAAAAGUGUUUAUAAAGCAAAUGGAAUUUGUAAGCGAAUUUAAAAGCUUUUUAAUUUCAGAAUGACCUAAUUGUCACCUCAUUAAUCAUGGAGCACAUUGUUAAAAGCAUUUGGCCUGGUUUGAUGAUUAUACCAAUUUGGGAUAUUGCCAAGGUUUUGGUCCCAAAACGUGUGUAAAGCCAUGAGGUUUUGAAGGUUUAAACAUCGGCAAAAAUCACGAUAACGUCAUUGCAACGUCUGAACAUGCUCUUUGAUUGUACAUUCAGCUUUCUUGAAGAACAUGUUCGAACUGUUUUGAAAGCAAAUUCAUUACCAUGUCAACAAGAACACAUGCUAUACAAACACAAUCAGUGAUUGAGGUCCUAUGACCCAUCGAACUUUGCGUUGAUUGGACCUUGUCUAUACUACGUAAAUCAAAUAUAACAUUUUGAUGAUGUUAUCAUGAAAUCACCAAAAUUACCAACUAACAUAAAGAUCUUUUUGCAUGACCAAAUUUUUACCUUUUUUAUCUUUGUUAAUACGGUUGAUGGACAAGUAUUGACAAAAAUAGUGGUCUUCUGAUUUUGCAAAGGCUGCAUAUACAUGUAUGUACAGGUGUACACAUGUACACAUAUGUAGGCCUACACAUGCACACGCAGUGUGUUAUGUUGUGACCUAAUUUACUGCACAGCACGGAGCGGAAGCAUGAUACUCGAACUUCACACUGUUGGCAAAAAUUUAACUAGUCGUGUAUCUGGUCCCCUUUUACUGCAGCGUGCAGACACAACGCCAAGCAUGAGCAUAUACAAAACGAAUUGUUUCUUUUGGCGACAUCCGACUGCAAUUUAUCUGUUCCUUUAAACCAACACAAUGAGAUCGCUAAAUUCGCCCUCUGAAAGUGAGUUCCCGCAUGCUUCAUCGCUGUGGACGCCCUUCCAUGCCCGCCUAAUGCGAACAUCUUCAAAUUUUUUCAACCCUUUCCAAAAGUCUCAAGUUUGGCGAAUUUUCUUAUCAUCAUUGGUAGGCCGACUGUAUUAACAAUAGGACAGCCUAUUGGAGAUUAUAGUGUUUUUUUUAUUGAGGAUGUAUCCUUUCACUUGAUCUCAAAUUCGUUUAAGAAUAAAACUAUUGUUAACGAUUUAGUGUAUACACCAUUGUAAUUUUUGUUGUGAAUAUUUUCUUGAGAAGAAGAGCUUUUCUAUGUGUCUGCAACAUACUGGAGGGCUUCUUAUACGUCCCUUUGGCUAGGUGUAUAGGAAACAAGUGAUUUCAGAAAAAAAUAUACUCUACUUCACCCGAUGGCAUCAUCGUGACAUCGUUAGAUUGGAAAAGUGUUUAUUUUGCAAGUACAUUGAAGUUGUGAUGUCUCUAGGCAACUAUAUUCUAUUGAAUGUCGGAACCGAUCUUUUACAAGAAUUUAACGAAUAUUCAAAGGUAACAAUAAAGCACGUGAUCUUAUGCCUUCAAUUCUACACCUCGUUUCAAGUACAUGUACAUUAUCCCCAGGUAUGUAUACAUCUACCAAGCGAUUAUUAGAUGAAUCACAGCUUGCCCCUGAAAUGUUUGGGGUGUCAUCAUGACGUCUAAAACCUCGAAAUGGAAAGUUAACAUUAACAAAAAUUGCACCCGAUCACUCACGCGUUUGUAGCUAAAACGCAAAUCUAUUUUUGUUUGAAGUUGGUGUAAGAUUAAAACAUUACUCUUUGCCACCACAUGA